AUGUCCGUCGCAGCUUCAACAUGGAUAACAUCCCUCUCAUGUACAUUCCCUGUGAAGCAAACCUCAGGGGACACGUUUAUCUCAACAAUGCUGCAAUGCCUGAGAUUUCUCUUCCUCUCGCCAUGUCCUCAAAGAGCUAUAUUAUCUUUCCUGGAUGUCAUGCUCCUCUUGUUUCUCUUCGUGUUUGCUGUCACCAAGCUCUGGAAAAGGUUCACCUCCGGUGCCGGUUUCGCCACUCACCUCAAUGAGCCACUCGUCAGAAGUAACCGAUGCAUUUUCUUAACAACUAUUCGCUUCAAGCUAUCCUUAACCGCAGAGGUUGUUUUAACUAUACUUUACACGGUUGCUAGCGUUCUUGCGUUUAGAAGUUCCUCCAAGGUGCCGUGGAAACAAGUUGACGACGCAUUUUGGUUAGUCCAGGCCAUAACGCAUGUGGUGCUUGUAGUCUUAAUCAUCCAUGAGAAAAUAUUUGAAGCCGUUACCCACCCUCUUACAGUUCGAGUUUAUUGGAUCGUGAAUUUCUUUGUCACUUCGUUGUUCACGGUUUCUGCGGUUAUGCGUUUGGUCACCGUGUACGUGAGUGAAAGAAACGACUUCAUUGUGGAUGACGUGGUCUUUUUCAUUUCACUUCCUCUGUCGUUAAUUCUUCUUUUUGCUGCGGUUAAAGGGACCACCGGCAUUGUUUUGUCGACAGAAGAAAUUCAAAAACCUUUUUUCGAGGAAACCAAAUUGUAUGAUGGGAGUGAGAGAAAAUCUGAGGUUACUGGCUUCGCUUCAGCUUCUAUAUUAUCUAAGGCUUUUUUGACUUGGAUUAAUACCUUGUUGCGUAAAGGGUACAAGUCCGCACUGAAGACUGAUGAUGUUCCAACGCUUUCUCCACAGCAUAGAGCUGAGAGAAUGUCGUCUAUUUUUGAAUCAAAAUGGCCUCAACCAAACGACACAUCAAAGCAUCCGGUUAGAAUGACUUUGCUUCGGUGCUUUUGGAAGGAGAUAGCCUUCACUGCCUUCCUUGCAUUCAUUAGGCUCUGUGUCAUGUUUGUCGGGCCAGUUCUAAUACAAAGUUUUGUUGAUUUCACAUCAGGGAAGAGAAGGUCUGAAUAUGAAGGAUACUACCUCGUGUCGAUUCUUCUCAUUGCUAAGUUCAUUGAAGUCAUGGCUUCUCAUCAUGUCAACUUCCAAUCUCAGAAGCUUGGGACGCUUAUACGGAGCACUCUUAUCCCCGCUUUGUAUGAGAAAGGGUUAAAACUAUCAUUCUCCGCUCGGCAGGAUCAUGGGAUGGGAACCAUUGCGAAUUACAUAGCUGUUGAUACCCAGCAACUCUCUGACAUGAUGCUUCGGCUAAAUACUGCGUGGAUGAUGCCACUUCAGGUUGCCAUUGGCUUGGUUCUGCUUUACAAUUGCCUUGGUGCUUCAGUGAUCACCGCGUUUCUUGGUCUUCUUGGUGUUUUUGUGUUUGCUGUGAUUGGUACCCGUAGGAACAAUCACUUUCAAUAUAAUGUAAUGGGGAACCGUGACUCAAGAAUGAAAGCUAUGAAUGAGACGCUUAAUUACAUGCGCGUGAUCAAAUUUCAGGCCUGGGAGGAUCAUUUCAACCAGAGAAUUAUGGGAUUCCGUCAGACCGAGUUUGGAUGGCUCUCCAAGUUUAUGUUCACUACAUGUGCCAAUAUGGUUUUGAUGUGGAGCGCGCCCUUGUUGAUAUCAACUCUCACGUUUGGUACGGCUAUUUUUCUGGGAGUUCAACUUGAUGCUACAACGGUCUUCACAACGACAGCCGUGUUCAAGAUAUUGCAGGAGCCUAUUACAACAUUCCCACAGUCUAUGAUAUCUCUCUCACAAGCAUUGAUAUCACUGGAGAGGAUAGAUAAGUUCAUGUUGAGCAGGGAAUUGUUGGAUGAUUCAAUUGAGCGAAAAGAAGGAUGUGAUGGACAAACAGCAGUGGAAAUCGCAGAUGGGACUUUUAGUUGGGAUGAUGGUAACACGCAGCAGGACUUGAAAGAUAUUAAUUUGGAGAUAAAAAAGGGGAAUGUUUCGGCUAUUGUUGGGACUGUAGGAUCAGGAAAGUCCUCUCUCCUCGCAUCCAUUCUUGGAGAGCUGCGUAAGAUUUCUGGAAAGGUUCGGGUUUGUGGGAGUGUUGCUUAUGUUGCACAAACAUCUUGGAUUCAAAAUGGGACCAUUGAAGAAAACAUUCUCUUUGGUUUACCUAUGGACAGACAGAGGUACAAUGAAGCUAUCAGGGUGUGUUGUUUGGAGAAAGAUUUGGAAAUGAUGGAUUAUGGGGAUCAGACAGAAAUUGGAGAGCGUGGUAUCAACCUGAGUGGAGGCCAGAAGCAGCGUAUACAACUUGCCAGGGCUGUGUAUCAAGACUGUGAUGUAUAUCUUCUUGAUGAUGUCUUCAGUGCUGUUGAUGCUCAUACUGGUUCUGAAAUAUUUAAGGAAUGUGUAAGGGGAGCUCUGAAAGGCAAGACCACUCUUCUUGUAACGCACCAAGUAGAUUUCUUACAUAACGUGGAUCAAAUAUUUGUGAUGAGGGACGGUAUGAUAACCCAAUCAGGAAAGUACGAUAAUUUAGUAGAAUCUGGAAUGGAUUUUAAAGCUCUGGUGGUUGCACAUGAGACCUCCAUGGAACUGGUAGAGCAGAGUGUGGUCAUGCCUGCUGAAAAUUUCAACAAGCCAACGAAAUCUCCAGAGGUGGCUUCUAUUUACAAGGGAGCCAAUGGUGAAAGCAAUUCUCUUGAGCAGGCCAGAUCUAGCAACAAAAGUUCUAAACUCAUCAAAGAAGAGGAAAAAGAAAUCGGCAAAUUGAGCUUACAUAUCUAUAAACUCUACUUCACUGAGGCUUUUGGGUGGUGGGGUAUUGCAUUAGUAUUGGUUCUUUCUUUGUUAUGGCAAGGGUCUUUGAUGGCAAGUGAUUACUGGCUGGCGUAUGAAACUUCAGAAGAAAGUGGAAUAGUUAAUCCUUCUCUGUUCAUCUCCAUCUAUGCAAUUAUUGCCGCUGUUUCGGUUAUCUUGGUAGUGAUGAGAUGUUACUUCUUUACAAUAUUGGGGCUAAAGACAGCACAAAUUUUCUUCGCACAAAUUCUUCGUAGCAUCUUGCAUGCGCCUAUGUCUUUCUAUGACACUACUCCCUCUGGAAGAAUUCUAAGCAGGGCAUCCUCUGAUCAGACUAAUGUUGAUGUCCUUCUUCCCUUGUUCACGGGAAUUCUUAUUUCCUCUUACGUUACAGAUUAUUAUCUUGCAUCAUCUCGUGAAUUAACUCGUUUGGAUUUAAUUACCAAAGCACCAGUUCUUCAUCACUUCUCUGAAAGCAUUGCAGGGGUCAUGACAAUUCGUGCAUUUAGACGGCAGAAGAAUUUUUGUCAAGAAAAUCUCAAACGGGUGGAUGAUAAUUUGCGUAUGGAUUUUCACAACUAUAGCUCCAAUGUGUGGUUGGGAAUACGCUUAGAGUUGCUUGGAAGCUUUGUCCUUUGUAUUUCUGCCAUGUUCAUGAUCAUCUUACCCAGUAGUAUCAUAAAGCCAGGUAAAUUGAUUCAGGAAAUCUAA